AUGACCAAACGUGGUGUUGCAGUUGGAAUCAUGGAUUUGUUUGCAAUUGACUCGGAUAGUGAGUCGAACACUGGGACCAGUGACAGCGAGGACCAAGAAGAAUGUGAAUUCACAUACAUCGACCAUGCUCAGAACAUCCUGUCAAGUCUGGACGAGAGCAUUGGCAAGAUUGACAAUUUUCUGACCUUUGAAAGGGGGUUUCUGCAUGGGGACAUCGUCUGCCCUCUUUCUGAUCCCUCAGGUCAGCUGGGACGUGUGGUCGGUGUCACAAUGUUUGUUGACCUGGAGACAAGCUCUAGUGACAUAAUAAAAGAUGUCAACAGCAAGAAGCUUUCAAGAGUGAGAUCCUUUGUUUCUGGUGACUACGUGGUUUUGGGACCAUGGAUUGGACGGGUGAUCAGGGCAUUUGACCUGGUUACUGUUAUGUUCAGUGAUGGGGCAAAAUGUGAAAUGCUGUUAAGGGAUUCUGAUGUACUGAAGCCCAUUCCUCCUAUCCUUUUUGAAGAUGCACCUUAUUUUUACUAUCCAGGUCAACAUGUGAGGAUUAUCCAUCCUUCGGUUUCCAAGCCGGCAACAUGGUUGUGUGGAUCAUGGCGGCCCAGUAGAGAUGAAGGUGUUGUCUCUCACGUAGAUGUUGGGUUGGUGCAUGUAAACUGGAUCACCUCUGUAACAAAUGUUUGGGGAGAUCGAUCAUCCAGUCCUCCAAACUUUCAGGACCCAAAGAACCUCACUUUGCUGUCAUGCUUCCCUUAUGCUAAUUGGCAAUUGGGUGACUGGUGUGCUCUUAUGGCUGAUGCUGAUGGAUGCCUCUGGAUGAAUCCUGGCAAGUCUUGUUUUCCUACCAAGGCCCGGAUGUGCGACUCUCGCAUGCACAUGGAUUUUGAGACUUGCGGUUCAGGAUGUUCUCAAACAUAUGUUGUUGCCAAAACAAAGAGCAUUGUUGAUGUUCUGUGGCAAAAUGGAAGUAUAUCUCUUGGUUUGGAACCCCAAACACUGGUUCCUGUGAGCACCCUUGGUGAUCAUGAUUUUUGGCCUGGUCAAUUUGUCCUAGAGAAACUGACAGUAGAGGAUGCUGUUAGAUGUCAGCGAACUGGGAUAGUGAGAGAUGUGGAUGCACUUGAGCGAACUGUAAAUGUAAAAUGGAUUGUUCCAGCAGAUAGUGACACUGUCACAUAUGGAAGGGCCCCCACUGUGGAGACUGUGAGUGUUUAUGAGCUGGUAGAGCACCCGGAUUUCUCCUUCUGCACUGGUGAGGUCGUUAUCAGGUCAGCUGUGAACAUAGACAAGUCUGAAGCAGAUCUCACAAAUGGGUCAUUAGCAAGCAGGGAAUCAUUGGUUACCUACUCUGGCUUCUUAUCAUGCAUUGGAAAUGUUCUUGGGUACAAGGGUGACGGAAUUGAAGUCCAAUGGGCUAAUGGUGUGAUAUCCAAGGUGCAACAUUUUGAAAUAAUUGGAUUAGAUAGGCUUCUGGAUUGUUCACUAGAAUCGAUGAAUGAGUAUACAACUGGUGAUUCAGUAAACGUGGCUGAGCAGGAAGAAAUGCACCAUGAGAAUGCAAAUAAUGCUCAGGAGGAGUCUACUGAAAACUGCACCGGAUCCUCGUGCAAAGCCACUGCUUUUGUCUUUCCCAAGGCAGCUUUUGACUUUCUAACAAAUGUGGCUGCUACUUGGUUUGGUACUCAUGGUUCUCCGUCUUCAGGCUCAGUUAUGGUAGAUCCUCGAUAUGAAAUUGUGAAGACGGCAGAACUGCAGCCGUCUGCAGAAGAAUUGUCAGAAGAAAAUCCAAUAUUGGAGUUGGUGGCACAGGUUGAGAAGCCAAAUCUAUCUUCAGAAGAUGACAUUCCAAAAAGAUUUGAUGUAGUGACUGACUGUUCCGACCAUCACUUUGUGAAGGAAAAUGGCCACGAAAAUGUUACAAGAGGUUGGGUGAAGAUGGUCCAACAAGAAUGGACAAUCCUGCAAAAUGAUUUAUCAGAUGGUAUUCAUGUAAGAGUUUAUGAGGAAAGGAUGGAUCUUCUGAGGGCUUGCAUAGUUGGGGCAGAUGGAACACCUUAUCAUGACAAUUUAUUUUUCUUUGAUAUUUUCUUUCCUCCUGAUUAUCCUCAUGAACCACCUUCUGUUCACUAUCACUCUGGUGGCCUCCGCCUGAACCCAAAUUUGUAUGAGUCGGGAAAAGUAUGUCUCAGCCUUCUGAAGACAUGGACAGGAACUGGUAAUGAAGUGUGGAAUCCAGAAAACUCGACUGUUCUUCAACUGUUGUUAUCCCUCCAGGCCCUUGUUCUCAAUGAAAAACCUUAUUUCAACGAGGCGGGCUAUGACAAAUUUGUGGGGAAAGCUGAUGGAGAGAAGAACUCCAUCACUUACAAUGAGAAUGCUUUCCUGCUGUCAUGCAAGUCCAUGAUGUAUGUUUUACACAAGCCACCAAGGCAUUUUGAGAAGUUCGUCAAGGAGCACUUCACUUGUCGCAUCGCACGCAUUCUGGAUGCCUGCGAGGCUUAUCUUGGUGGCGAUCUCGUCGGACACGCACGUGACAAUGCAUACAUAUCAGAGGAUGGAAGCAAGAAUUGUUCAACCGGUUUCAAGAUAAUGCUUGCCAAGCUUCUGCCGAAGCUUGCCGUCGCCUUCUCUGAGGCUGGGAUCACCGGGGGGACAGUGAACCAGUGCAAGCCUGCUCCCUACAUCAGUACUGAUAGUUUGUGACACUGGUAUUAUAGAUUCGCCACGAAAUUGGGACCCUUUAAUGGCAAUGAUCGUGCGUGUAUGUAGAUGCUUGUGCGUUCCAAAUAAAAUGCUGCCUGGUGUAUGUGCUACUUAUGUAUCUCUUGUAAAUGCGAAGAAUAUAAGCAUGAUUGCUGAACUGAAAUGUUGCUAGCUAAAGGCAGCUGGGGUGGCUGGGUUUGGAUUGUGUUGUGAAUUGAGUGUGAAAACUAUGUAAUGUGUGAUUUGAAAUGGUUUCUGUUUCUGUCUGUAUAGUUGACAGAGAAGCUAUAUGUAUA